CUCAUCUCUACAACAAUCUCAUCUACUUUCUCUCCAAUCAACCAUCUACAAAAACUCCCUUAGCUUUCAGCUCUUCAAAAAAAACCCAACAUUCAAAAUGAAGUCCUUCACCAUCGCCAGCAUCGUCGCCCUCUUGGCCGUUCCCUUGAACGCUGCCCCCUCAUCUUCCGCUGAGAAUGCCGUCCGCCGCGAUAUCGGCCCCGACUGCAACUGCCAGCACAACAGCGACGCUGGUCGCUGGAACGACGGCGGCAACACGCCUGCCUAUGCCGUCUCCCAAGUCACCGGAUCCGCCGAGGGAACUGGUUGCUACACCGCCUCCACCCAGGGCAAGAUCUGCAUCCAGGGCGACAUCGAGCAGAGCCAGUGCAUCGAGGACGCUGCCACCACUUGGCAGAGCCAGCACGGUGACUGGUUCCUCUGGACCUCUAUCACCUGCAACGGUCUCUCUUUGGCCAUGACCGCCGACUAAAUUGCUCCCUCAGGAAUGAUGAAGAGUUGGCUUCACGUGUAUAUAUAGGGAUUGCAGAUGGUGGAUAGUGGGGGUUAGCCGGGG